AAAAAACUUGUCCACUGUAAAAAAAAAAACGUAAAAAACAGCCAAUUGAGUCUUUAGACCCCAAAACCACUCACCACUACAAAGCACACUCCGCAGGUCUUUUUAACCUCUCACCAUCACUUUCCCCAUUUCCUCUGUUCAAUUUUUCAAUUUUUUCUCACUAAAUAAAACAGAGGAAAUCCCCAAAACCCAGACAAAAAUCAAGAAAUUACAAUAAAAGCCCACCGAAAAAGCAGCAAGAACGCAGCCCACCGAAAAUGAAAGGUACAGAGCAAGAGAGAUUCUUCACAGAUGGGUACCCGUGAUUUUCUGAGGUGUUUUUUUUGUACUUGCUCUGCCUCACUGAACUAAUGGCUGCCGAGGUAAGCGGCGUUGGGAAUGUCGAGGUCCCCCCGUGGCUCAAAUCCAUGCCGGUGGCGCCGGAGUACCACCCGACCCUGGCCGAGUUUCAAGAUCCGAUUGCCUACAUUUUCAAGAUUGAGAAGGAGGCCGCCAAGUACGGCAUAUGCAAGAUUGUCCCGCCGGUCUCCGCAGCUCCCCGCAAAACCGUGGUGUCUAAUUUCAACAAAUCCCUUCUGGCGCGGUCACCUGACUCGGGCUCCGGCCCGACCUUCACCACUCGUCAACAGCAGAUCGGGUUCUGCCCGAGAAAACACCGACCCGUGCAGAAGCCCGUGUGGCAGAGUGGGGAGAGGUACACCCUCGCCCAAUUCGAGGCCAAGGCCAAGAAUUUCGAGAGGACUUAUCUCAAGAAGUAUCCGAAAAAGGGCCCGAAUGCCCUAGAGAUGGAGGCCCUCUACUGGAAUGCCAUGGCAGACAAACCCUUUCGUGUGGAGUACGCGAAUGACAUGCCGGGGUCCGCCUUUGUGGCUCAGAAAGCUGGCGGGAAGAGAAACGAGAGUGCGAUGAUGGUGGGAGAGACCGAGUGGAAUAUGAGGGGGGUUUCGAGGGAUAGUUUGUCUUUGCUGAGGUUUAUGAAGGAGGAAAUACCGGGAGUGACGUCUCCUAUGGUUUAUGUGGCCAUGAUGUUUAGCUGGUUCGCGUGGCACGUGGAGGAUCACGAUUUGCACAGCAUGAACUAUUUGCAUAUGGGAGCGGGAAAGACGUGGUACGGUGUGCCACGAGAGGCGGCUGUGGCUUUCGAGGAGGUAGUUAGGGAGCAUGGGUAUGGUGGAGAGGUCAAUCCUCUAGGCUUUGUUUAUAACUUCCCAAAUGAACUUCACAACUGCAUUUUCUUUGCAGUUACAUUUGCAAUGCUUGGUGAGAAGACCACAGUCAUGUCCCCUGAGGUGCUCCUUAGCGCCGGUGUUCCAUGCUGCAGGUUAGUGCAAAAUGCUGGAGAAUUUGUUGUCACUUUUCCAAGAGCUUAUCACUCAGGAUUCAGUCAUGGAUUUAACUGUGGAGAAGCUGCUAAUAUUGCAACUCCUGAAUGGUUAAGAGUUGCAAGAGAAGCUGCAAUCCGUAGGGCAGCCAUUAAUUGCCCUCCAAUGGUGUCUCACUUCCAGUUGCUUUAUGACCUAGCACUUGUGUUGCAUUCAAGAGUGCUAAAGAACGUUGCUGCAGAACCCAGAAGUUCCAGAUUGAAGGAUAAAAGGAAAGGCGAAGGUGACAUGUUGGUAAAAGAACUGUUUAUUCAAGACAUGGCACAGAACAAUCAUUUGCUUCGCACUCUUGGUAAAGGAUCACCUGUGGUGCUUCUUCCGGAAGACUCCCUCAGUCGUUCAAUUUCCUCUGGCAAACCAGCUGUAAACCAAUUGACUGCAAAGUCUAGAUUGUUCCCCAGUUUAUACGGUCAAGAUCUCCAUUCGAAACAUUCUGUGAAUAGAACAUCUCGGGAAGAGCAGAAGAUGGGGCCCGAAACAAAGAAAGGAGAUUCUCAAUGUGAGCAGGGCUUGUUUUCGUGCGUGACUUGCGGGAUUUUGUGUUUUGCUUGCGUUGCUAUUGUUCGACCAACGGAUGUGGCCGCUUGUUAUCUGAUGUCAGCUGAUUGCACUGUAUUAAGUAACUGGGAAGCAAGUGAUAGUGACCACGUCAAAGAAGCUAAUGCUAUUCACCAAGACCUUUAUUCAGAAUUUAAGAUUAGAAAGAUGAAUGUUAAUGUUCUUUUGUCUCCUAAUCAAGCAGAUGAGGAGAACCCACAUGUUACAGCCCUGAAUCGUGAGGCACGUAAAGAGCCAUCCUCACUUGGCUUACUAGCUUUAGCUUAUGGAAAUUCUUCAGAUAGUGAGGGGGACGAAACUGACAUUAACCAGUUAGAAACAGUCAAUCCGACUGAGGACAAUCCUUUGAUGGAUAGUAUUAGACAUCAGAUGAAAUCACAACGCGACACCUCGAACUCGUUGACCCGUAAGACCGAAACAAUGACUGUGGCUGAGCCAACACCAUUGGAGGGCAUGAGUCCUGAUGAAGAUUCUUCACGACUGCAUGUCUUCUGCCUCGAGCAUGCUUUACAAGUCGAGAAACGGCUCAGUCAUGUGGGUGGGGCCCACGUGUUCCUCUUCUGCCAUCCAGACUAUCCAGAGUUAGAAUCCCGGGCCAAGAAAGCUGCGGAGGAAUCCGGAACCGAGUGCACGUGGAACGAGACCCAUUUCCGAGCGGCCGAUGAAGAAGAUGACGAGAUCAUAUGGCUGUCUCUAGAAAACGAGAACGCAAUACACGGCAACAGGGACUGGGCCGUAAAGCUGGGAAUCAACCUCUUCUACAGCGCCAGCCUCAGCCGAUCCCCACUCUAUUCCAAACAGAUGCAUUACAACUCGGUCAUCUACAAGGCCUUCGGACGAAAAUCCCACACAGACACCUCACAGCAAGUGAAGGGCGGCAGGCAGAAAAAGAUCGUCGUUGCCGGAAAAUGGUGCGGCAAAGUCUGGAUGUCCAAUCAAGCCCAUCCUCUGCUCGUCAACAAUGAUGAUGAUAAUCACGACCCGGGCUCGGGGAUUGAUUUCGAGCGCGAGACGGGCCUUCAGGCCGGGCCUGGGCGGGCUAAAAAAAUCAAAGAUGAAUCCCCUUUACUCUUUUCGCUCGCCAGCUGUCACAACAAGCAAGUCAAGCGAAAGCGGGGUUCUAGAAGGCCCAAGGAGGAAAGUCCUGUUCCGGAAGGUCCCGACGAAUCUUUCUCCGAAAAAGACAUCGACUCGUGCGAGGAAGAAAUUAAGAGCGGCAAGAGCAAAAGGAAGCUGCCGAGGAGCGAGGCGAAAAAACGGGCUUUCGGGUCGUUAAACGGGCCCGAAGAAGGAUUCUCGCUCGGGAGCAGCUGCAAGAGCAAACGUGGGGCAAGAAGGCCACCGGCGAAGAAGGACACAGCCACAAAAAAUCAAAAGAGAAGCAAGAAGGAGCACGUGGACCCGCCCACGGACGAUUAUGAAGACGACAAUGAGCCUGAAGGUGGGCCCAGCACGCGGCUGAGAACUAGGCCCAACAAGCCCACUCCUAAAGCUUCAAAGCUGAAGGCGAGUACUAAAGUACCCGGGCCCAAGCUGAGUAAUAAACCAAAGAAGAGUAUUAUUAACAAGUCGAAAGUUAGAUAUGAGGAGGAAGAGUACGAGUGUGACAUGGAGGGUUGCAUGAUGAGGUUCGGGUCAAAGCACGAGCUUUCACUACACCAAAAGAACGUGUGCCCGGUCAAAGGGUGUGGCAAGACUUUCUUCUCCCAUAAGUAUCUUAUCCAGCACAGGCGAGUCCAUGUGGACGAGCGCCCGCUUAAGUGUCCAUGGAAAGGCUGCAGGAUGACAUUUAAGUGGGCUUGGGCCAGGACAGAGCAUAUUCGGGUCCAUACUGGGGCCCGGCCUUAUAUCUGCACUGUGGCUGGGUGUGGACAGACUUUCAGGUUCGUGUCGGAUUUUAGCCGUCACAAGCGCAAGACGGGCCAUGCUCCAAAGAGAGCAAGAGGGGGAUGAGGUGUAUUGACAGAGGACAGAAGAUGAAAAUGAGAAAGAAAACAAUGUGUAGGUCUAGACAGACUCUUUUAGCUUAAAUCUGAUAAUUUUCUGAUUGGGGUGGGGCAAUUCAUCAACGUAACUAGGCCAUUUGUUUUUUAAUGUUGUAAGGGAAAAGAGUGUUUGUAUUGUCUGCCAAAGCAGAAAAAAGAUCUAAUGUGCAUGAUUUUAUCUUUGACUAUUUUGUGGUUUCUUAUUGUUAUUGCUAAAUUGCUUCACA